CUUCGACAAUCGACAAUAAAUUAAAUAAACAAAAACUGGCAUUCCGUAUUUUCUCGCUUCUGCUUAUUUGUUUAAAAUCGAAUUAUAAAUGAAGAAUCAAGAAUGGAUGAAUUAAAGUAUUGCCGCGUAUGUCUUGUGAUGGGAGCAAAGAUGUUCAGCUUAAAUACUAAUUCAAGUGACUCUAUUGGAGUGACUUAUUCACAUUUGGCGCAGAUACCAUUAAUAGACAAAAAUCAGCAUGUGUGUUAUGAAUGUGCUAGCUUGCUCCACAAGUAUCAGAAUUUUAAGUCAAAAUGUCUGAGAGCUCACAACAUACUGUGUAGCAUCAAGGUAGAUAAAAAGCAGUUAACAAAGCAGGCAAUUCAAAAUAUUGAUAAGAGAUUGAACAAAUUGGAAUCCACACUAAAACUCUCCCCAGUGUCUCUGUCUUAUAUUGAAUCUGAAAUUGAUAAAAACACAAAUUCAGGUAUUAAUGACAUCAAAUUAAAAGAAGACAAGGAAAAUAGGCAAGUAGAAAUUAAUAUUAAAGUUGAAGAACACAAUGAUAUUCAUCUAGAUGAAAAAUGUGAUUAUAAGGGACCUCCUGAUGACAUUCAAGAAGAUGGUUUUAUGCCAUCAUCAGAAGAUGAAUUACCUAAAAUCAAAGCUCCAAAAACUAAACGUAAACAUAAAGCAAACAGUGAACCAAAGAUAAAAAAGAAGAAAUUUAAAACAAUAAUAAAGAGUGAAGAUGAUUUGAGUGAUAAUGAACCUCUUUCAAAAAGUGUUUCAAAAACUUUUGACAAGCAAAAAACACUUAAGAAAAAAAGUGGUUUGAAUAUUGCAUACUUUGAUGACUAUGCCACUGUUGUGUUCCUGACGCCUGAAGAUGCAAGAAAAGAGGUCUUGUUAAGAAAAGAGUCCAGUAACUAUAAAAAGUCCCCAUUCAAGUGUGAUUUUUGCUACAGGGGUUACGAAGCCAAAGCUGCAUUUGAAAAUCAUAUGAAGAAGCACAGUGUGGAAUAUGGUGAUUAUGAAUGUGAUCUCUGCCAUCUCAGGUUUCCACAACAGAUAUAUUUAUGUAAGCACAGACUUUCAUGUCAUAAGAGGAAGUUUAGUUGCAAGCUGUGCCCUUAUGUAUGCUACUGUACAUACCAGGCGAAAACACAUGUUAGUCUUCACAAAGGAAAGAAAUAUCCAUGCAAAGAUUGUAGUGAAAUAUUUAGCAUGCCAAACAGCCUGCUAAUGCAUAAACGUAUGAAACAUUUGAAGGAGUCCGUGCGAGAGAGUGUUUGCGAGCACUGUGGCAGCACGUUUGGCACGCCGCGAGGACUGUUCCUACAUAACAUGAAGGUUCAUAGACAGGACAAAAAUGACAAGUUAGGACCCGAGUGUGAAGACUGCGGGGUACACUUUUCAUCAGAAGUGGCAUGGAAGCGACAUCUAGUGUUAUCUACGAAGCACAAAGUCAGCAACGGUUGCAAGUUCUGUGGCGAAACUUUUUCGAAUAUAGACGAUCUGAAAGGCCAUAUGAGAGUGCACUCUCGUAAGCAUAUCAAUAGAUCUGACAAUAUUAAACUACCGGCAACAUGUUCUAUGUGUGACAAAUGGCUAUCAAAUCGCGUUGAAUAUAAAACGCACGUGACUUCGGAACACCCUCAGACCGACGAAGCUAAGAAAUUAACUGCGGACGAUCAGACUCCAUUCGUUUGUGAAGUCUGUGGCCAGAUGUUUAAGCAACAGUGCUUCCUGCGCUACCACCAGCGCAAGCACUCGGGCGAGCGGCCGUACGCGUGCGCGGCGUGCGGCAAGCGCUUCCAGCUGGCCGGCGCGCUCGCCGUGCACCGCGCCGUGCACGCGCGCCGCCAGCAUCACUGCCAUCUGUGCGGGAGGGGGUUCAGCUUCAAGAGCGCGCUCAAUAAACAUAUUAAGGUCCACCUCGGCAUCCGUCCCCACAAGUGCGCGAUCUGCGACAAAGGCUUCAUUCACAUGUGCGACCUAAAACUCCACAUCAAGUAUGUUCACGACAAGGUGCCUUGGCCUAAGAAGAAAAGCAAACGGAAUAUAUCUGAGGAGCAAGCACCGUUCUUGGAAUAUAACUGAUUAUAUUGAUUACAUUUGACUGAGAUUAUGUAUGUACGUAUGCUAGGUAGAUAAUUGGUAUUUUGUCUGAAUAUAAAUAAAGUGUUUAGUUUAAAAUCAGGUCCAAAACUGGUCCAAUUCCACAGAUCUGUUAAACAAACAGAUUUGUGUUAAUUAAAGGUAAAAAUCUCAAUAUGAUUAUGCGUGUACAAUGUAUAUAUUGACUUUGUAAUUCUUGUAAUGUUUUUAUGUAUUUCAAUCGUGUGUAUGAAUAAUAUAAAUAAAAAUCUCACUCAUAUAA